GUUUAAGCGGCCCCACAACCCCUGUGACCCCACAAACCGAAAACAUGGCCUCCGUCAAGACAUGUGAAAACUCAAUUGCUUUUCUAAGCGGAAAACAAAUUAAGCUGUUUGAUAUUCGACAAGGAAAUAUCACAACUCUUUGUCUUCCUGAAGAACCGCCAAAAGAAGAGAAGUCACAAGAAGAAGAUAAGAAGGAACCAGAAUGUGGAGAGAAUCGUACCCUGGCUGCUGCUUUCUCAGCCUCCAGCUGCCAUUUAGCCGUAUUGGAUGACUUCAAGCAACUUCAUUUGUAUGUUUUGGAGGCCAACAAUACUGGAUGGACUUUGAAGACUUCAAGAUCAGUCAACCGCCGCAGUACAUCAGUGGUUUUCACUUCUGACGAUGAAAACGUUUUAGUUGCAGACAAGAGUGGUGAUGUCUUCAAGUACUCAGUGACUGAACCAAGCUCUGAGGGUCAACUAUUAAUGGGUCAUCUUUCAAUGUUACUCGAUAUGAAACUGACUGCUGAUGAUAGAUAUCUCGUAUCUUGUGACAGAGAUGAAAAGAUACGUGUCUCUCACUUCCCAAAUGCUUACAACAUUCAUUCCUAUUGUCUUGGCCAUACUGACUUCGUUACCCAUUUGGCCUAUGUUCCUGGUGCUGAAGCCAUCAUAUCUGCAAGUGGUGAUGGCACCAUAAGAUGUUGGAACCUAAAAGGAGAAGCAUUACAUUGUUUGUCUCAUGGUAUACAAGCCAAAACUGAGGCUGAAGAGCCGCCGCUGCAACAGACAAAACCAUCUGACUGCCUGGCCAUCAUUCGAUGCUUUGCAUUCAACCCUCAUUCUGGAGCACUUGCUGUCACAUUUGACAGUUCCUCAGUUCUUCAGGUGUACAAAGUCACCAGAGAGGAAAAGACACUUUGCAUUAGUCUUCAGGAUGACCAUAACUUACCCUGUGUGCCUUGGGACGUCCAGUUCGGACCAGAUUCUUCUCUCUGGGUUCUGCUUCCAUUGCAAGAGAAACCUGUAGCUAUCUUCAACUAUCUUCCUGAAGAUGGGGAUGCUGAUACAUUCAAGAUAAAAGAAUUGGAAGUCAGUUCUCUGUCAAAGGAAGUUCUUCAGAUUCAGAAAACUCUCUCUGAAGACUGGGAUUUCUUUAAAGAGUCGCUUGAUGUUCCGUGUUGGACUAAAGCCUUAGCAAAAAGCCGGGUUGAUAAUACGCUUGAUUACCUGAAGCGGAAAGAGCAGCAGAUGAAAAAGAAACAGAAGCCAAGCCAAUCAGAGGGGAAACUGUCUGAAGACUCUGCAAAGGAACCAUCAGCUAAAGUAGCCAAAAUGGAAUAAGCAGCAGAGUUCUCAGAUAUUACAAGUGUUUUUGGUACAGGUGAAAGAGCUUUUGGUCUCACACAAAACUUUCAUGUCUUAUCAUGCAUUUAUUUUCCACCUAUUUUGUACUUUUUCUAUCUUUAGUUUCAAUCCAAACAUUAUUAUGUUUGGCCCUUUGUCUUUUUUAUGUUCCAUUUAACUUUACUCUGGUUCCCAUUUCCUGUUCAACAUUUCGUUGUAUUUGACAAAUAAAAGUUUCGUUCUCGUUCUCGUUAUUAAUAAUCAUAACAAUGAGAAUAAUU